AUGGGAGACAAAGAAGAUAACUUUCUCACCAAAGAGAUUGUUACACUUUGCCAAAAAUUACAAAGGGAUAUUGAAGAAUCAGAGACAGGUUUAGAUUCUACAUACAGUUUCGAACCUCUCUGCUGGCUUCAAUCAUCUUUUACAAAUUAUGCUGCAGAUAUAUCAUCUUUUGCUAUUCUCGGCCCGAAUGUGCCUUAUUCAGUCAUGAUCUCUCUUCUUCGCGAUAAAAUUAAGCUCAUGACUAAGCAGGAAGGCCCAACCGCUUCUGAAAUUAAAUUCAUUCUUGUUUUAUGCGAAUUAAUCAUGCUCCUUCCUGUUCACAAGACAUCGCCAAAUAUUAACAUCGCACUUACAGAUCUUCUUCAAGCAAGAUUUUCAACCGAAAUCGUUUCAAAGGAAUUCCAAAAUCUCGUUUACGAAGCUAUUGACAAAGUCAUCAGGCUGUCAGUUAUUGCUGGCUCGAACCCCAUCCCAGGCCUCCUACUUGUUAAGCAAAAUAGCGACAUUAUUGGUUUAUUAAGAUCUGUGAAGGUUGGAACACAUAAUGUUUCAGCUUUUCGUUGCGUACUUGGUGCGAUUAUGUCCUACAUUAAUAACCUUGCUCUUGAAUCGAGAAAAGAAUUUUGCAUUGAAUUUUAUAAUAUUCUUGGCUCUUUCAACGUUGAACAUCCCGAUAUGCACCAUGAAAUGCUUACAUUGACAGUUAACCAAGCCCAAAUGGUUAUCGAUGGCAUCCUUUCCUGGAAGACUUCAAACGAAACAGAAGAACUCCCUGUAUUAUGUGCCUUGCUUCCUCUCUGCAAGACAUGCCUCAUGGAUAUGAAGGCAAAUAAGAAGAGCCCAUACCACGCCAUCUUGAAAAUGUUGGGAGAUGUUAAAUUUAAGAAGAACCAGAAUUUCAUACCAGCUUGCUUUGCUUAUCUUGAAUUAUACACCGCAGUGAUCCAUCUCGAAAAUAUCAAAGCAGACUACGCCUCUCCUUUACAAAAUUUCCUCAAAAAACACCAGGAAAAGUUCGAGAAAGCAAUUUUCAACCAGAAAGAUAAAUUACUUUACACAGAUCCUCGCUUGAUCGAAGAGUUCGCUCCUCGUUUCGGAGCUUGCGAUUUCUCUAAAAAAGUCGAUGGUCCAGCAAUGCAGUUCCUUCAAGAAAUAUCGAAUACGUCAUUAUACGGAUGGGGACCAAUGGCCCAAUUCCAUUACAUCGUUACUGCCGGAUAUCCUUUACCAACAGCAAAUCUUAAAUUUGAGACAAGUAGGUACCAAGCUCUUGGCUCACGCUUAUCAGAGGCACUCGAUACAAUCUUAACUCCUACAAACGAUAAAGAGAAAUACGAAAAUGCCGCUUUGGCCGCAACAUCAAUCGCCAGAUACCUUACACAAGGUUUACAUGGAGAUCCAAUCGUUGCCGCUCUUACUAUAGCUCGUGGUGACCCUGUAAAUACAUGGGAACCAACAACUACCUUAACAACAUUUUUGAAUGCGAUCCGCGACAACAGUACAAGCUCAAAAAUUCUCUGUUCGUUAUUCAAGGCAAUUGCAAACUCAGCGCAUAACAUUGUUACCGAAUUAAUUCCAUUAUUACUUAUUAUUUGGGCAAAUACUCCAUUUUGGUCCAAAGAGAAUAUUAAUUUAACAUGUACAUUAGUUAACGAUCUUUCAUCCGAAAUCCGCAACUCCGUUGUUGAUGCCGUGAAUAAUAAUUCUCAAUCUCUCGAUAUCUUACCCGGAAUCUUCCUUUCCUUCCUCAGAUGGGCGGAAACAAUCUUACUUAGACGUAGCCGUGCUCACGGUGACAAGAAGAUCGAAGGAGCGACCUUCAAAUCUACAUCCCAAGAUAAUUGUAUCAUUGUCGUCGCUCUUUUACGUGGAACAUGCGGUAAAUCAAGAGCUUAUGACAUUUGCGAGGACACUCUCGACAGAAUCUUCAAAGUUUUCGAGAUGCCACCACUUAUCAGAUAUCCUUACACGACAAGUACAGAUUCGAGCCAAAUUCCAGCUAUGCCAGCCAUCAACAUCGUUCUCCGCGCAUGGUUCGGCUACAUUGCUGCCUUUACCCGUGGAAUUAUCAAAGGUGCCGAACGAAAUCCGACAAAUAUUCCAUCUCCUGAGCGUAUUUCCGUGAUGACAGAGUUCAUUACGCGCUAUGUCGACAAUACAACACUCACAUUAACAGAUGGAAAGGUCUGUGGCCCGACAGCAGAGUGUUUCUUCAAUGCUGCCUUUCAAUUUAUUUCUCGUGUCAAAAUUUUGGACAAGAGAUUUGGCCAAGGCUUUUCACACCUCCAUCCGAGUGUCGACAAAACGUUUAAUGACUCAUUGAAGUCACAUGGAUUCAACGCCUACUUAAACAGCCGCUUUGCAUCUACCAAUUACUGGGUGAACUACAUCCAAAUGUGCACGGGAAGAGCGAGUGAUCAGAGUUUGUCACAAGAAUCAUUUAACAUUUUACAAGAAACAAUUUGCCAGUUUAUUUCUUUGUAUUCAAUCCAGCAGUUCUUCAAGUUCGAAGCAGAACUCACUAAAGCACUUUACCAUUACGUCAAAGCUGUCUACGAAAACAAAAAUGAAGUGAACCAUUUGAGAUGGCAUUUGACAGUCACUUCACUUGCUGAUGUUUUAGUGAGAUUUGCCGAUAGAAGAGUUGGCGGUUUUAGCCAAGAAAAACUUGAAUUAAUGGCAAAAAUAUUCCCUGUUAUUUUGCAUAACUUCAAAUUCGAUGGCGCCGAAAAUACAGCGCAUAUUCCUGAUAACGAUUUGCAAGUUUAUGCAACACAAACAAUGUUUUAUGUCAUUAAUGCUUUUGAUCAAUGUUUCAAGACAUGUUUAUCACCAAAACUCGUAAAUUACAUUUACGAUUCAUGUCUUGAGAUACUUGCAGCAAAUCCAGGAACAGGAUGGCGCACAUUGAUUGUCAUUGCACAACAAACAGGGCAAGUUAUGUCUAUUUUGAUUGUUGAAGCAUUGACAGAGUAUUUGGGCAUGAGAUUUAGUGUUGUCACUAAAUUAAAUGAUGAACAAAUACAAAAAGUUCAAUCUCUCGAUCCCGAUAACCUUGUACAAGAAAAAGAACAGUUGAGUCCAAAGGAAUUAUUGAAGAAAGAGAAAUACGUCAUCCAGAAUUUGAUCCAAUACGCAAGAUCAUUAAGGAAACAAUCCAAACUUGAUUUCACACAAAAAGAACCAAAAGUUUUAACAGAUAUUUUGUGUGAAAACGGUUUCGCUUUCUUCGAAAAUCCUCCUACAAACAAAUCAAAAAUUUUGGCAUCAUGCGUUAGAUGUUUAGCCAUGAGUCCACAGAUCCAUGAACUCUUUGAUCACAUGGCAAAGAAAUGCGUUGGAAUGACAAAACUUCCUGAUAAUCUCAAGUUCUUUUUCGAAAGUUUCUUCCUUGCAAUGGUUUCUAACUGGGAUUUGGCAACACCUUUACACCACGCGAUCAAUCCAAAUCCACAGAAGUUCAUGGAAUCAAUGCAGCCAAAUUAUUAUUGGGCGUAUUAUUUCGUGAAAUUCUUCCAAAUCACGAACUCUAAGGAAUUAUGCAAAGAAUUAUACGUUGAAUGUUUCAUCAGACCUUAUUUGAUGUGUCCGAUGGAUUACAACGUAAAAACUGCAAGUAUAACAGGAGAUUUGAACAUGUUUAUUAAUAUGAUCAAAGUCUCAGAAGCAUUAGAUUUCGCUGUAGGCGGAAUUCUCAAGAUGGAACCAAUUUUAUGUCAUAUCAAUGUUCCAACAAUUGCUUAUGACAGAGAAGUUGUUUUAUCAGUUGUAGGAAAAUACAAAUCAACAGUUUACAUUCCUAAAACACUUACAUCAUCUAUUCCUGUUGUUGCAAAUGAUAUGUUGUUGUUACAGAACUCAAGAUGGAUUGAAUUCGCUGGAACAAACAAUGAAAAUGUUCCUGUUUUCUUAUUAAGACUUUCUAAGAUUCCUCCUGUUCAUCCUCACGCUGUAGCUUCACAUUUAAUCAUUUGUACGAAUCCUUAUCCUAUUUUUGAUUUAGUUGUUUAUGUAGAUAGAACUCCUGAACACAUAACAAACGGAUUCCAACCAUUCCUCGGCCAAAUGACUGAAGAAUUCAACACGAGACUCAGAAAGAUCCAUAUUACAAGAGUUUCUACUUAUUACUUUGGAAAAAUCAAAGAUGUUGAAUUCCAAAAACUCGGUGACAAAGUAAAUCUUUGUGAAGAUAUCGCUGAACUCUUCAGAGAUUCACCACAAAUAACAUUACCAAUAUGGGCAUUAGAUCCACAAGAAACAGCCAGAUGCUAUGGAUUGGUAACAACUCCAUCAGGAGCAACAGCGAGAUUGAUAAUGAAUGAUUCCGAAAUCAUUAUUAAAAACCAACAAUCUCCAACAUCUCCGAAAUUAAUGGACAAAAACAUUUCUACUUUCCAUGAAAUAUAUAUCUCUGAAGUGACAGAAAUCAUCAAUGAAGACGGCGGAAUAACAAUCAAUUACAGAGCAGAUAAGAAGAUCAAUAUCUUGAGACUGAAAACAAUCGCUCCUGAUUUGUUUAUCAACACAUUUAAAGCGAUUGUCAAUUUCAAGAAAUUCAAACAACCGUUGAGCCCAACAGAAAUCGAAUUGAUCUGCACUAAAUCAAUAAGAGGAGAAUGCGCUGCUUUAGCAUUACAUUUGAUUUCCGUUAAAUCAAAUGCUUUAGUUACUUCAGCAAUUCAUUUAUUUGAAACAGCGAUCAAGAACACGAAAUAUUCUCCAGAUUCUUAUUUCCCUCUUGGUCCUGUUGCAACUUAUUCCGCUUUCUUCAAAGAGUUGCAAAACUCAAAUCUCGUUGAUGAUGUUGUUCCGAGAUUGUCUGAUUAUCUUCCUUCAUCUCCUUAUUCAUGUGUUCCUCUUCUUUCUCUUUUGGUUGAAUAUCUCAAUGUUGAAAAGAACACUGAGAAAUUAUCAAGAGUUAUCUUGAACAUCAUCAAAUGCAUGAUGACAACUAACGAAGAUGAAGAGAGUAAAUCCAAAUCAACAAGUAGAUCAAGGUCCCAAAACACAAGCGCAACAACAAACAGAACUAAGUCUCUUAAUGGUCCAUUGGCACCAGGAAUUCCAAUGAAUCAAGAGAAAGAACUUACAGGACCUUUGCAGAGAUUGAGAUACAUGAUCAACAGAUUCCUUUGGAGCAAAAUCACAUCAAGAGAAGCAAUCGAAAUCGCUUGUGCAGAACUCUUGAGAAACAAAGUUCCAAAGACAACAGUUGCUUAUGUUUUCAAGCAAUUCGUUGAUUCAGAUCCAGAAUACAUGGGCAAUCUUUUGAUCGAGAAAAUUUUGGAUGGAAACAUCAGAAGAAAUCCAUUCGGAAACUCAAUCAAAUCAAGAAGAAUCUUCGGUGCUUUGCAGCAUCUUCCUUUCGAUUGUCCUCAAUUUGUUGAAGGGCAUAUUGCUCCUCUUGUUUUCUCUUCUGUUUUCGGAUCUGUCCACGUCGAGAAAGACACGAAUUCCAUCAUUACUUUCUUGAGAUCAACGGCUGUUUGCAUGGAAAAGAAGUAUCCAGAGAAAAGCGGUAUAAUAUUAACACGUUUCCAAGUCAUUGAGAAAUUAUUGGAACACCACAGAGAAAUGAUUGUUUCCAAUCUUGUUACAGCUGGUAUAGAAUUGUGCCAAGCUUUCUCUCCACAAGAAAAAGCCAGAUACGAGGGAUUCAUCAAAUCCCAGGAGCCAGGAGAGAAUCCAAAUAUGUGGUACAUCAAAGCAGCUGCUAUGGUUCAAAAUGGAAACAGAGAUACAUCGUUUGUCAACAAAUUCGUUGAUUUGUUGCCUUCUCUUUUCGCUCUCAAGCCUGGACAUCUUCGUCUGGAACUCUGCUUCGAAACUCUCAGCUCCAUCAUUCCUUUGAUGGAAAGUACAUCUUUAGUUCCUUUGAUCUUGGUUUGGCCGGCUCUUUACUCUUCUUGCCACUUGAAUAUGCAGUUGAGAAAUUCAGCUUUGAAACUGUUAAAUGUCUGUUUGCAAUUUGCUUACGACCACGGCGAUUUCAAGAACAUCGGUGGUAUUGAGACAACAACAUAUAUCUCAGAGCAAUUGACAAAGACAUUGUCUAAUUUCAAGGAUUCUUUCGGAAGUGACAAAGAUAAUUCCUUCAUUUACACAUUGUCACAAGCUUUGUCAAGAGGUUUCGAGUUAUUGGAGACACAAGCGGAAGCAAUAAAUGUCGCCAAAACAUGUAUCAACGCUCUUAAAGACAGGCCUUUCCUGGCAACACAUUUUGUUAUGCCAUUGAUUUGCUACACGAGCGAAGACAUUGUUCCUAUCUGUUCUUGUUUCUCUCAGAUGACGACACCAGCAGAAAUCAUCUUCGAAAACUUCGAACAGAGAAGAGAGUUAGAUCAAGUUUACAUUGCUGCUUACAUGACAAACUGUGUUGCUGACGGCGCAUGCAAGAAUAACACAUCUAGAAUUGCAGAAGUUUUGACAUACGGCGCACAGAAGUUCCCUCCAUUCUUCAAGCCAUUCAAAGCUAAUGUUGUAAGUAGAUGCUGGAGAAUGAUUGAUGCAAAGACAAUUACAUUCGAAGAUUUGGACCUUUACGCAACAAUUUCUGCUUUGUUCAUGUCUAUUCCAGACUCUGGUGUUGAUUACACAGAAACAGCCACGAAGUUCGGAUUCCAGAGAAUAUCAGAUGACAAGUUAACAAAGAUCAUCCAAAAGGCUUUGACAGGAAUAAUCAAGGCUAUCAAAUUAGUCGGAUAA